CCCCUAUCGUUCAAUGCCCGCCACAGGUUUUCCAAUGGAGGAAGGAGGAGGCCGGAGAGGAUGCGAUUCUUUGCUGCCACCGAACCAAGUGGAUGAGCAGUACCAUGAAUGUAUCCUGGGAAGUUAAUGAGUAGCUGAGCCUGCGACUCUUUCCAGUCAUUAAAGGAGGAAGAGGAGGGCGAUGGCAUCCCAGAUCACGGAGGAAGCCGUGCAGGGGUUUCUGUCGGAAAGAGGAGGGAGGGUCCAACAGAUGGAGCUGAUGGAUCAUUUCUUAUCUCUCCGUGGGUGUCAUGACCAGUCAGACGAAGGGCUGCGGCGCAUCGUCGACAGCCUGUGUUUGGUGAAGGUGGAGAACGGGGUGAAAUAUGUGUGUCUGAACGCGAUGCGUUCGGACUCGGGCGGCCCGGACCACCAAGCGGAGUGCAACGGCAACAUCCAAGAGGCGCUGGACAACAAACAUGUGAACGGCAAUCCUGAAAAUGGAGUCCAAACAGAGGCACCACUUGCCAGCUUGGACAAUAACAAACAGUCAAACGACAACGAGAAUGGGGCCAGGUCUCAGUGUAGAAUCAACGCAAGGACGCCUGCUACAUCUACAGGUGGAGGGGAGGUGAGGCUGAGGGACAGGAGGAGGCGAGAGUCGGCCCCAGUCAUUGCUGUGCAAGAUCUGGACCAGGGCCACCCUGCUGGGCCACACUGCCAGCAGGUGCGAGGGGCUCGCAGGGUUUCCAAGGGAUCCCAAAGAGCCAUCCUAACCAGCUGCUUGUCUGAAGACAGCGCACUGGAGGGACUGGAGUCCAUUGGGGAUAUUCACACACCCAAGGGCAGCCGCAGGAACUUUAUAGAGCUGAUGAUGAGUACUUCUCCUCAGGUUCGCAGGUCGCUGAUCAACCGUGGGCCCCGUGUCCGAGACUCCCUGAGGAGCGAAGGUGACUCGGCGUCCCUCCUCUCCUCAGCCACCGAUGAGGACUGUGCCUUGGUGACUUUGGACCCACUAGAGCACGAGUGGAUGCUUUGCGCCUCAGACGGCAUGUGGGAGAGUCUACAGCCGCUGUUGGCCGUGGAGCCCAGCCUGGUGGCCAAAAGGGACUUUGUUACGGGCUUCACCUGCCUCCACUGGGCGGCGAAGCAGGGCAAAGCCGAGCUGCUGUCCCAGCUGCUGGGCUUCGCCAAGAAGAACACCGUACCUUUGAAUGUGAACGUGAGAUCUAGUGCUGGAUACACACCGCUGCACCUGGCUGCCAUGCAUGGUCACACACAGGUGGUUCGGCUGCUGCUGUCAGACUGGGAGGCAGACCCCGAAGCUCGGGAUUACAGCGGGAGGCGAGCCAUCCAGUACUUGCCCCCACCGCUGGCUGCUGACCUGCAGCAGGAAGGAGUGGUCACCUCACCGACCGCCGAGUCGGACGCCGAAAACGGCAGCGGAAGCAGAGGUGGAGGGCGAGGCUGGAAGCUGGCCAGAGUGCUGCAGGGCAACCUGAACCCUCUGCGGCGACUCCACCUGUCAGCUGAAGCGGCGGAAGAGCCGGCGGGGAGCGGGAAGGCCAAGGGGGCCCUGCAGAGGAAAACGUCCCUCAGCCGACUGAACGCCAAACUGCAUCGUGGGCGCCACCGGGCCCAGAUCAUCCACAGCGCCUCCUUUAGGGACUCUGGAGAAGUGGAGAUAGGAGAAGACGCAACCAGCAGUCCACUUCGCACUAGACCACUAUCCAGCCUGUUUGGGUGAAGUACAACCAGCAAAAUAACCAGCAUCUUUAAACAAUUCCAUUUCCACAUCUCAGAGUUCCAAUAUUUCCUACAAAUAAACAAAGAUUUUUUUCUUUAGAAAUGGUCACUUAUUCUCCUGAGCUUUAAUUUAUCUUUGUUCCGAAUGCAGUGAAUAAGCUUUUUGCCAAUCACACAAAAGGGAGGUCCCUCUUUUUACCCGUCAAACCCAUUUCUUUAAAUCCAAAUCAGAUCAGCGGAUCUGCAUAUAUUCAGCUUGUCCUAGUUGUUCUGUCUAGAAAGGCCUUGUUUAAAGAAAGUAGCAAAACAUUAGGAUUCUGUUCACACAAACCUAAAAAUACCUUGAUUAUGUAGCCUUACUGUAGGUCAGAAGCACUUUGAAGUGGUUCCACACUUUUUCCUCCAUAAAAAGCAUCAGAUUUGUUUACAGAGUCAUAUAUUUUUAGUUUUUCAAAUGUGAAUGAUGUCCCUUUCCUGUGUUGGAGUGGUGCUGAAGCUUUCUUUUUAUGGUACAUUUCUGGAAAAAUGGAUUUAUUUCAUGAAAAACAGAGUUUAAUAUUUACUGUUCUUGUAUUGAUCAACCUGUUUGCACUCGUCACUUUGAAGUCUGUAGCUGAUUUAGGAAUAGAACUACAUAAACUAAAUACACUUAUAAAAAAGAACCCUUUUGUUUUCUGUUACACUUUUAUUUUGCAGGUCUAAUCGGUUAUACAGACCUUAACCUCUCACUUAUGGUUUUAUUUCUUUGACACUGUUGUAAAAAAGUGUUUGCAUCCAAUACUGAGCAGUUUCACUGUAUGUCAGUUGAAAGCACACAAUGUGUGUAUAUAUAUAUAUAUAUAUAUAUAUAUAUAUAUAUAUAUUUGUUUUGUUUUCGAUCUCCAGUGUACCUCAAUUUCUGAAGCUGUUCUACUUUUUGUUUCUCUGUUGUGCAUCUCCAAGCAUGGCUCCUAUAAAUUUUCGUUUUGUUUUUUGUCAUAUUUUUUAACCUCGUAUCUUUUCCAUUCCUGCAACCCGACAUAUAGAAUUUAAAUUCUGCAGUUGAGUCUUUAAAGCGUAAACCAUCUUUGUUUAAUAUUUCCAUCAUGCGUCAUCAUCAGUGAAUGUGUGCCAUCCUGGGGGUUUUAAUUUGGCAUGAACAAAAUCACGUUAUCUCAUUAGACUUCCUUAAAUAUGCCAACCUUCCUCACUCUGCAACAUCCUGGAUUUACUGAAGGAUGCCUUUUCAAUUUUGUAAUUUUUAUAAAAAGAACUUGUGUAAUAAAAUGUCCUUUUCUGUGAGAGCCGUGCACCUCUGUUUUGUUUAAAUGUAAAUUCUUGUCUGUGAAAUACUGUGAUGCGUCUGUGCUGUGAAAUCGUUACCAAGCAAACAUUGUUCUUUAAACUGUUGGAAAAUUUAAAAAAAAAGAAAGGGGGAGGGGGACAUGAGUUUGCAGAA